GCGUGUUUCAGGCUCGUCUGGAGUACCUUCGCGAUCAGUUUCAGAUCAGAGGGAACGACUUUCUAACGUUUGACGCCAUGCGUCACGCCGCCCAGUGUGUAGGUCGAGUCAUCCGGGGAAAGACGGACUACGGGAUCAUGAUCUUCGCCGACAAGCGCUAUGCCCGAGCAGACAAACGUGGGAAGCUCCCUCUCUGGAUUCAGGAGCACAUCAGCGACGGCAGUCUGAACCUCACCGUGGACGAGGCCGUCCAGCUCUCCAAGCACUUCCUGCGACAGAUGGCUCAGCCGUUCAGACCGGAGGACCAGCUGGGUUUGUCUCUGUUGACUCUCGAGCAGCUGGAGUCGGAGGAGAUGCUGAAGAAAAUCAGUCAGAUUGCUCACCAGACCUGAAGGCGACACAGACACACUGUGCAAUGUCAUCACCCGUUGAAACGUAUUCAAAACCCAGCUGGCCCAGCUCUGGUGGUUACAGUAAUGAUUCCUGACUGGAUAACUAUCGAUGUAUAUUCAUGACACACCGCCAAAGGUCUGAGCCACUUCCUGUAUUCCAGGUCUCACACACAGCCUACAGAGGUUUGAGCACCACAGCUCUUUAAGUGCAUUUCAUGUCAGAUGCUGCAGUUUUAUGGAGAUCACUCACAGGUGUACUGUGAGAGGAUAUAGUGAGAGCACUGUAACGAUUAAAGUAGUCUUGUCUGUAAUACAGAAGUAUUAAUAGUAAUAACUACUUUUUUUUUGCCGCUGCAACUGUACAGUCAACUUUUAUACUGAACUUGAAUAUUUGUGUCUGUUUUUCAACCAGGAAGUUGGAAUAUAAAUGUUUGUAUUCAA